AAAAAGAGAGAUCACAUGGCAUUCUGCUCAACCAUUGGCCAACUAACCUACAAUAACAUAUAGCCAUUUGAGCAAAUGGGGUCCAUUAAUGGGACCAUAUGUUCAAAACCCCAACUAUAAUUCACACAAAGGAAAGAAGUAACAUGUAAAGGUAUUGAGAAUAAAAAAUGGAAUGUCAGGCGCUAUCAAACAAUCUCUUCCUUUGCAGACCUACAUUACUCUUAAAGUCCUCUGCCUAUAUAAACACCAAACAAACUCCUCAUUUUGGCCAUCUGAAAUCCACCAAUCACAUAAAACACACAAAGAUAAACACACACUAGUACACACUUGCCAAUCACAUGGGUUGUUUUAGUUUCAAGAAACUUACAUUUGCAUUUGUGGUUGCAAUUUUAGUAUGGGCUUCAAGCAUUGAAACUUGCAAUGGUAGAAGGGGUAAGCAUUGGAGGCAUAGCAGAGAUACUUUAAGUUCUUUGUACAAGAAGAAAGGAAACAAUCAUGGACACCAAAUCAUUGUUGAAAAGCCGAAAUCGAAAUCAAAAUCAAAACCAAAACCGAAACAAAAACAUCCACUUCCAACCCCAGAAGAACCGAUAGCUCCUCCACAAAAAGGUUCAAAAUUUAAUGUCCUUGACUAUGGAGCUAAAGGGGAUGGUGCUUCUGAUGAUACACUGGCAUUUCAAGCGGCGUGGGCGGAUGCUUGUAAAGUGGAAGCGUCAACGAUGAUUGUGCCAUCGGAUUAUGAGUUUCUCGUGGGACCCAUUUCUUUCUCCGGUCCAUAUUGUCAAAGAAACAUUCUAUUUCAGCUUGAUGGUACAAUCAUAGCUCCAACAGAUGCACAAGCAUGGGGUAAAGGUCUCCUACAAUGGCUUGAAUUUACAAAACUUGUAGGGCUCACAAUUAGAGGAAAAGGCACCAUUGAUGGAAGAGGUUCAGUUUGGUGGACAAAUUCUAUAGUUGAUGAUCCUAUUGAUAAUGAAGAACAACAAAUUAUUUCAUUAGACAACACUACAGUUACACAAAAUCCACAAGUAGGCAGCUCACUGGAGGGGAAAAUGCCUAGUAUAAAGCCAACUGCGUUAAGGUUUUAUGGGAGUUUUAAUGUGACAGUCACAGGCAUAACAAUACAAAACAGUCCUCAGUGUCAUCUCAAGUUUGACAACUGUGACGGAGUUUUAGUGUACAGUCUAAGCGUUUCGUCUCCCGGUGACAGCCCCAAUACUGAUGGAAUUCACUUGCAGAACUCCAAGAAUGUGUUAAUCCACACUACUGAUCUUGCAUGUGGUGAUGACUGCAUAUCGAUACAAACGGGAUGCACAAACGUAUUUGUACACGAUGUAAAUUGUGGGCCCGGGCAUGGAAUAAGCAUUGGAAGUUUAGGAAAAGAUGGCACAACUGCGUGUGUUUCCAACAUCACUGUUCGGGACAUUAACAUUCAUAACACAAUGACUGGUGUUCGGAUCAAGACUUGGCAGGGAGGGGUAGGGUCAGUACAAGGAGUGUUAUUCUCGAACAUUCAAGUUUCCGAAGUCCAAUUUCCGAUCAUGAUUGAUCAAUACUACUGUGACCACAGCAGCUGCACGAACCACACGUCUGCAGUGGCUCUCUCAAACAUUGCAUACGAAAAUAUACGAGGAACAUAUACAGUUAAACCAGUUCAUGUCUCAUGUAGUGACAGCAAACCUUGUAUGGAUGUAAGGUUGACCGAUAUUGAACUAAAACCUAUGCCUAAAGGCUACCACAUGUAUGACCCGUAUUGCUGGCAAGCUUUUGGGGAAUUAUACGCUCCUACUAUCCCAGAGAUCGGUUGUUUGCAGCAAGGCACACCGUCAAGCAGCUGGGAUCCCGAUGAAACUGGAUGUGCGCUGUAGGCGCGUAGCCUAAACAUGAUUGGGUUUUUUUUCGCAUAUCAUACCGAUGUCGAUUCGUUUUUGUCCUGUCGUAGUCACUGUACCUUUUUUGUACAUAUAAGACACUAGAAGAUGGAUUUUAAUAUUUUACCAUUUGGGUCAUUAUGUGGAUAAUGAUCCAAGUGGUACAAAAAAACGGCAUACCAGCCGAAAUGAGAUGAAAGAUCAUCUUUUAAUGACGCGAAUGUACAAAACGAAGUACAAUGGCUAAAACAGGAAGAAAGUGAAAGUAGGUGGGUAUUUAUGUAAAAUCAACCCUAUAUGAUUUCGUGCAUCAAUUAGUGAGGUCGGUGUAGUUGCUGGCCCCUUUUCACAUUAUACAGGUGCUCGAAGGCGAUUAUAUAUAUAGGUAAUAUUACUAUACGGGACUGGUUGUAUUAUAGGGAUUCUUGAUUCUUAUUAUGUCAGUGUAAACACCACAAAAAAGUUGUCUUCGUUUUCAUUAUCAUUUCAUUGUUAUGCUUAGUUA